AUGACACGCAGCGGCUUGGAAACUCUCGCCAGUGAGAAUCUUCGUCAGGUGCUGGAUUUUUUAACCAUCAGAGAGCAGUUUGCACUGCUAAGUAGUAACAACGAGUUGCUCCAUCGUGAACCUUUAUCGUUGUCUGUGGUGUCCUAUUGCAGACAGUGUGAGGCUUGUAAGAACAAGACGGAGUAUCUUUGCAAUUGCAAGUACAAGAACGAGUCCAAGGGCUUUUGGACAGCAAUGUUAAAGCAUUCGACGCCUACAGGACUGAUGGAGCUUCGUCUAGCCAGUUGUGAAGGAUUUGACGCUUCGGUGCUGAAAAGCUCAGGUGCUCAGGCGGCGUUAUCAUCUCUCAAGGUCUUGGAGCUCAGUCGAUGUUCAUCGAUGGAUGCAGAAGCUCUUGGACUUGUUGCAGACAUGUGUGGAAAUUUGCGAGAAUUGAGAUUCCGAGAUAUGGCAGUGGAUCGCCAGGCGCUGAAGAAGUUUUUGAGCAAGAACGCGACCUCGUUGCGGGUCCUAGACUUGUUGGGUUGCCAUACAGUAAGCGGGGAAGAUGUUUGCGGCAUUGCACAGUGCACGCAACUUCGUGAUUUGAGUUUGUGGGGGUGUCAUAAUGUGGAAAAUGCUGCGAUUGCCCAUGUCGUACAGCACUGCUCGCAACUCGAGAGACUGAAUUUGCGUUAUGCACACAAGGUGGACGACAAGAUGGUGGCAGCAAUUGCUUCACACCUGCCGCAACUCAAGGACUUGAACUUGCGCUAUUGUUACAAGGUCUCGGAUGAAGGCGUACGGUCACUUUGUAAAUUUCUGCCGGGGCUUCGCUCGCUGAAUCUGUCACAGUGCUCGCGACUGAGCGAUGCUGCCAUUAUGCAGGUGGCCGCUUCGAUGACGCGUCUCAAGGAGCUGCGUCUUUGGGGCUGCAUGAAACUCACGUCGAAGUCGGUGCUUUUUAUCUCGGAGGGGCUGCCUGAACUCACGCUGCUGGAUCUACGUAGCCGAGACAAGUUUGAGACUGUUAUUGGUGGACCCACGGCCCUCAAGUUUCUCAUUCAGACUUACCGCAGUAAAUUGGCGAGAUGGGAGCAGGCACAAGGCGAACAGACUGGUGUGUUCAAACGCCACGCUAUCGUCGCUGCAGCAGCGUAA